CAUAAAGUAGGGUAAACACAGAGGGCGAAGAAAAUACGGAACUUCUUACAAUUUCUAUGAUAAAGGCUGUCUAUCUUAUCAUAAUCACUCUGAAAGAUGAACUCGUUUCCUUUUACCAGAGGGGGGGACCUGCUGCGAGCAAGGGGACGUGACCAGCUCCUUCCAUCUUGGGGGCAGAAAGAAGUUGAUCCAUCAGGUUCAUGGCUUGAGGAGAAACAGAUAGAUGCUCGACUCCGUGAUCGGCAGAUGCUUCUAGAAGAACCCAAAUUUGCAAGACGAGAUGCCAUGGCUUGUGGAGAAUGGUUAGCGGAGUCAAGGAUGGUACGAAUAGUGCAUGAAGCUGGGGACUUUUGGCAACAUAUGGGAGCUGAGACAGACAUUGGGAAGUGCCUGUAUCCUGAAGAAUCAAUUUAUCUGAUAGAAACGGGUGAAUUAGAAGUGACUUAUGGCGAUAUGCCACUCAGCAUACAACAAGCUCAGUCUUUAAUGCUCCAGGAUGCCCACCAAAUGGACAUGUAUAUAGUUUAUACUCACCUCACACGGAAUGGUUGUAAGGUGAUUCGGCAUCAGCCACACCUUUUGUUUACACGAUAUGAGAAGGUUAUUAGGUUAGACCAGCACCAAGCAACAAGAAAGACAGCAAAGUUACAGCUUAAAGCCAAAAUGAACAAAGCAGAGACCAAAGAUGUCAAUUGUGAUAGCUCAAAUAAGGAAGGCAUGGACGAUGCUUUAGCAGAAUUUUAUGCCAGUCUAGAUGGUGCCACUCCUUGUUCUUCAGAAUCUAAAGAUAAUGAUCAGGAAACAGAAAAAUUGUCACAUAAUGAGAAAGCAACCUCUCAGAAAAAGCGAGAAAGAACUGACUCUUCAGAACUCAGUGAAUAUGAACACAAACGUAUAUCCUUUUUAGGUCUUUUCCCUAAUGUAGUGGGUAAAAGAAUAAUGAAUGUAUCGGUAGAGUCUUCAGAAUUACUGCCUGCUAAUAGCAAACCUCAUAAAGAUUGCUAUGAAAUAUCACUGGAGGCCUUAAAUUACUAUAGCAAAUACGAUGAUUCCUCAUAUGAACCUGAUAGAUUCUACCAUAGUAACAGCCGUCAUAAAGAGAGAGGAAAGGGUCACACAUGAAAA